AUGGUUCUUCUAGGAUGGAUUAACACUGGUAGUAUGAUUUAUAGACGAUCUUACCACACAGCAUCCAUAUUAACAAAUGGAAAAGUGUUAGUUGCUGGUGGAAUUGAUAGUGGUUAUCUAAAUAGUACUGAGUUGUAUGAUCCAUCAACAGGAACUUGGGCAACCGCUCAUAGUAUGAACAAUCCACGAUAUCAGCACACAGCAUCCGUAUUAGCAAAUGGGAAAGUGUUAGUUACUGGUGGAUACUAUAGUGGACGCUAUAGUGGUUAUCUAAAUAGUACUGAAUUGUAUGAUCCAUCAACAGGAACUUGGACAACCACUGGUAGUAUGAAUUAUGGGCGAUCUGACCACACAGCGUCUGUAUUAGCAAACGGAAAAGUGUUGGUUGCUGGUGGGAGCGGUUCUCCGAUUAGUUCGGAGUUGUAUGAUCCAUCAUUAGGAACAUGGGCAAGCACUGGUCGUAUGAAUAAUGCACGACGUUACCACACAGCAUCUGUAUUAACAAAUGGACAAGUAUUAGUUACUGGUGGAUACUAUGGUGAUUACCUAAAUAGUACUGACUUGUAUAAUCAAUCAACAGGAACUUGGAGAAGAACUGGUCGUAUAAAUUAUGGACGAUCUUACCACACAGCAUCCGUAUUAAUAAAUGGAAAAGUAUUAGUUGCCGGUGGAGGUGUUAUUGAUUAUCUCAAUAGUGCUCAGUUGUAUAAUCCAUCAUUAGGAGUUUGGACAGCGACUGGUAGUAUGAAUAGUACACGAUAUCGGCACACAGCAUCCGUAUUAACAAAUGGAAAAGUGAUAGUUACUGGUGGAUACUUUAAUGGGUAUCUAAACAGUACUGAGUUGUAUGAUCCAUCAACAAGAACUUGGACAAGCACGGAUGGUAUGAGCUAUGGACGAUCGGAUCACACAGCAUCCGUAUUAACAGAUGGAAAAGUGUUAGUUGCUGGUGGAAUUGGUAGUGACUAUCUAAAUAGUUCUGAGUUGUAUGAUCCAUCAACAGGAACUUGGAGAAGCACUGGCCGUAUGUGCUAUGGACGAUCUGACCACACAGCAUCGGUAUUAACAAAUGGAAAAGUGUUAGUUGCUGGUGGAAUUGGUAUUGGUUUUAUAAAUAGUGCUCAGUUGUAUGAUCCGUCAACGGGAACUUGGACAAGCACCGGCUUUAUGGCUAAUGCACGAUAUUAUCAUACAGCAUCCGCAUUGACAAAUGGAAAAGUGUUAGUUGCUGGUGGAUAUUUUCAUAGUUAUUUAAAUAGUUCUGAGUUAUAUGAUCCAUCAAUAGGAACUUGA